CGUAAUUCUCCCCUUGCGCAGAUGGUAACUUUGUUUCACCACUUGAAAGAUUCAACGUAUCGAUGAAUGUCGCGGGGAUUAUAUUAUGAAAUGACUGGUAGGAGUAUCAAAUCUGGACUACAAUUUUACAACAACUGGUUUUGACAGCUGAGCUCCAUUUGGACGUUUCCACGGUGCCCUCUCUGAUGUGAGGAUGAGGACCUACACCCGAGGGGCCCCCACAGUGUUCUUCAUAAGUCUACUGUGGCCCCUGGUGUCCCCGGUGGUGGGGGUGGGGGAGGAGACGGACCCCAGUGGAGGGAUACCCUUCAUGGGAGGGAACUACGAUGGACACCCCAUGCUGUUUUUCGGCCAGGGCGAGGUGGAGGAGCUGCAGGCGGCAGCGGCUGGGACUCACCGGGAGAUGGCUGCGAGGAUCCGCGAGGCGGGGGAGGCCAUGCUGGAGCACCCUGAGGAGUACCUGCCCCCCUGGAGCCCGGCCGAGUUCAGCGCCCGCUGGAAUGAGGUGUAUGGAAACAACCUGGGCGUGUUGUCUAUGUUCUGUCUGCUUUACCCACACAGGGCCGGGGCCCUCGACCUGGCCAAGGAUUACAUGGAGAGGAUGGCAGCUCAGCCUAGUUGGUUGGUUAAAGAUGCUCCCUGGGAUGAGGUUCCUCUAGCCCACUCUCUGGUUGGCUUCGCCACGGCGUAUGACUUCCUGUAUGAGUACCUGAGCAAGGUGCAGCAGGAGCGCUUCCUGCAGGUGAUCGGCAACGCUACGCGCUUCAUGUAUGAGAAGUCCUACAUCCGCGGCUGGGGCUUCCAGUACCUGCACAACCACCAGCCCACCAACUGUGUGGCUCUCCUCACUGGCAGCCUGGUCUACAUGGCCCAGGGGCCCCCAUACUACACAAUGAGGAUGAGGAAGAUAUUUGCUGUUUGGGGUUAUCUGCAGGAGGCCUACCUGUGGACUAAGCAGGUUCUGGCCAUCAUGGAGAAGUCUAUGGUACUCCUCCAAGACGUGACGGACGGCUCGCUGUACGAGGGCGUGGCCUACGGGACCUACACCACCCGCUCUCUAUUCCAGUACAUGUUCCUGGUGCAGAGACACUUCUCCAUCAGCCACUUCAACCACCCCUGGCUCCACAAACACUUUGCCUUCAUGUACAGGACCAUCCUUCCAGGGUUCCAGAGGACUGUAGCCAUAGCAGAUUCCAACUACAAUUGGUUCUACGGGCCUGAGAGCCAGCUGGUGUUCCUGGACAGAUACGUGAUGAGGAACGGCAGUGGGAACUGGCUGGCUGAGCUGAUCCGUCAGAACCGGGUGUUGGAGGGGCCGGGACAGGCCGGGAAGGGACAGAGAUGGUGCACACUGCACACAGAGUUCAUCUGGUAUGAUCCAAGCCUGACUCCCAGGGCUCCUGCAGACUUCGGUACAUCCCAACUCCACUACUUUGAGGACUGGGGGGUCGUCACGUAUGGAAGUGCUUUACCCGCAGACACCAACCACACCUUCCUCUCCUUCAAGUCGGGGAAGCUGGGUGGACAGGCCAUAUUUGACAUCGUUCACAGGAACAAGUACAAAGACUGGAUCAAAGGGUGGCGGAACUUUAACGCUGGCCACGAGCACCCUGACCAGAACACCUUUACGUUCGCCCCUAACGGUGUUCCUUUUAUCACAGAGGCUCUGUACGGGCCCAAGUACACCUUCCUCAACAACGCAGUGCUGUUCUCCCCGGCUGCCUCAGGGAGCUGUUUCAAGCCAUGGGACGGUCAGGUCACCGAGGCCUGUGACUCCAAGUGGCUGAAGUACAAGGUUGGGCUGGCGGCGGACGCCCAGGGCAGGGUGGAGGCGACUCUGGAGAGGCAGGGCAUGGUGUUCAUCCGUGGGGAAGGCCAGUCGGCCUACAACCCUGACCUGAAGAUCAGGAGCUUCCAGAGGAACCUGCUGCUCCUGCACCCCCAGCUGCUGGUCCUAGUGGAUCAUAUCCAUCUGGAGACAGACAGCCCAACAAGGGCCAUGAGCGCCUUCUUCCACAACACGGACCUGCCCUUUCAGGAAGCCAAAAUAGAUGGUGUGCACGGAGCCUUUGUCAGACACGGUGAAGACCCGUAUAAAAUGUUCUGGCUGGAUGACACAGGCUUCAGUGAGAAAGGGGUCUUGGGGUACUGGAACUAUCCACGUGGUUACCCCUAUAAUGGCUCUAACUAUGUGAAUGUGACAAUGCCACUGAGGUACCCACACACCAGGGUGGCCUACAUCUUCUUUGGGCCGGGGGUGGACGUGCAGAGCUUUAGCUUGCGUGGUGAUGCUAAUAGAGUGGACAUUUACCUGACCACCAACGAGCACACCUACACCAUCUACCUUCUGACAGGAGAGGUGACCAACAAGCCUCUGUUCGCCAUGGUACUGGUGGACCAGAAGAAGAUUGUGUUUGAGAAAGCAGCAGGAGUGCAGAAUGACACGCCAGAGGAGGUGGAGGAGUAUGUCAACGUAGUAGAGGACAACCUCCAGCAUGCCAAGCCUGUUUUCCAGCAGCUGGAGAGACACAUCCUGGGCCGGGUGCUCAACACGGCCAGCUUCCGCAAAACGGCUGAGCGCCUCCUCCAGUUCUCAGACAAGAAGAAGACGGAGGAGGCCAUCAAGAAAAUGUUUGCUCUGACUAAGAAACAGGGCAAGGGAAAGGGGACCAAGAAAGCCUUGGGGAACCUUGGGGAUCAGCUCUCAGAGAGCCUGCCGGACAUCUUUGCACAGAUCGAGGUGAGUGAGAAGAAGGAGAGAUCGAAGAGCACAAAGAGGAUUAUUGAGGAGAGCCCAGAGGAAGAUGGAGACUCCAGGGCUUUUAUGGAUUAUGGAGACUCAAAGAAAGGCAGGAAGGGUGGCUUCGUGAAGGGUCGCAAGUUCAAGGAGGUCCACAUGUCGGCAACUGCCAAGAGUGACAGUCUGUCAAACUCAGCCUCUUAUAUCAGACUAUUCCUCAUCUUAAACAUAGCCACCUUCUUCCUGCUACUGGCUGUGUUAUUGACACGCUUCCAGAGAGGCAGAAGUCUACACACCCAAAGGUGUUUCUAUGGCAUUCUCCUCAUUGACAGCUUCAUCUUACUCUGCCUCUACUCUUCCUGCUCUCGUGCACAGUGUUGACAUCAUCACUGUGCAACAAUGGGGAAUGUCAAUGUACAGACAGACCUAUUGUAGUUCGCCAUGGGUGAAUAAAAUGCACCAUACACCUCAGUCUGAGCCAAAUCUACCUGAUGGUUGUCCAGGAAAAAAUUAAUUCCAAAUAGGAAUUGAUAGAUUUAAUAAGGAUAUUAAGCCAGACCACCUCUGAGAUCCUAAGCUUCUGUGGAGCUUUAGAAUGGCGUCUGUGUGAACUUUGUCAUGUACCGUUUUUAGAUUAGACCCCCUGCCUCAUAUCAAAGAUCUCCAAGGCUAGCCACUAAAAUGCAGAUAUCUCUGCCUCUCUCUGUGUACGUUUGGACAUGCAGUCUAAGUCAUAAAGAAUAUAGAAAGAAUGUACAUUAUGUUCAAACAAGAUAUAUUUUUGUGGUGUUAUUUUCUACUCUUUGUAAUGAAAAAGGAGCAAUAUGCAUAGAUGUGCAAUGUUAUUGUCAUUGUGUAUUUGGUUUUGCCUGGUGAAUGUGGGGACUUUGCAGAUAUAAAACAGUAGCAAUAUGUUACCUCAGACAACAGGCGGUGGUCCUCUCUGUUUCUAUAACUGCAGCAUGAUACCAUUGCAUUCAACCUGUGAUGAGGUAUGAAAGAAGGAGUCAGGCGCAGGAGGUAAAACACCAAAGUCCAGAGUUUAUUCCGUUUACAUAAAGAAAA